AUGCUAUCCCGAAUACCCAGACCACCGCUUCGGAGGUCUCUUCAAACGGCCGCAGUUCUCUCAAACAAAACGGUUAUACCAUCCAUAAUCCUCGACCAGCUAAAGGACACCUCUUCCCUCGCUGCCCCAACUGCAUCGAUCCGUACCAAGAAGCAAAUCUUCUUGAGGCCUGAGGAGUUCAGAGACAGGAGAUUCAAUCGUUAUGUUGAAGAUAUAGAAAGAUCCUCGAAGGAUCUGCGCAAAGAACCCUUUUCCAUAGCAACUUCAGACUUGUAUCCGUCCACUCCAACCACCAAUUCCUCUUCGUCCUCAGCCACAAUAGAAAGCUUCAAGCCCACCGGAAAUACCCUCAGUCAGAUCAAGUACGACCAACUCAAGCUGGAGUUGGUCGAUGCAUUCAAACACUCGCAGUUGUCCAAGUACUUGAACGAUAUGUACUCGGAACCAGCGUACUCCAAGUUCAAGAAAUCAAACAGAGGCAACAAGAGAGUCUUGGCAGAGAGAAUCAUCUCCAAGAUCUGGGGAGUGCAACCAUCAGGCGAGUUAUCCAUGGAAGACCUUCUUGUCACCAAGAGAAUCAAAUUGAACCAAAUCCAGUUGUUUUUGCUCUUAUCCGAAAAUGGCUAUAUCAUCAAAUACUUGCAAAGAUCGGGAAUCAAGCUUUCCUUCAAUAUCAGAGACGAUCAGAUCGAGUUCCAAGGUACUUCGAACCAAGUCACCAACGCCGAAAUUAUUCUCAGCUCCAUAUUGAACAACACCCAUAAGGAAAAAAUUGAUCUCUCCAUCAUCAAGCAAUUCUACUUGAAGAAAUUCGGGGAAUUUUCAUUGGCCGACCUUGGGAGGAAUACCGAAGUUUUCUUCAACCGUCUUGAUGAAGAUAACUAUGAGCUUAUUACCCUUAAUAACAACCAAAUCAAAAGAUCAAAGAGACUUUUGUUAUGGCUACUCAACUACAAUGAGCACUCUAAAUCCCAUUUGGUACUCCCAGAUUCCACAGAGGACUUGUCUUUCAUUCCCUACCAAGAUGAUGAGUCCUUGAGCUGGAACAACCGGAAUCAAAACUUGUUCCUUCUCAAAAACUCAAAUCAACAAGGUAAUAUUUCUAACAAGACCUUCAUGAACGAUUUACACCGCUUUUCUGAUAAGGCUUUGAGCAGAGAAAGAUUAUCAUACGAAAGCGAGGUUGAGCAAGCAAAGACAUUGCCUCAGGAACGAGAAGAAAGUGUCUUAGAAGACGAAAGCUGGAAGCUUUUGGGCGAAUUGGGAAUUUUAGGAGACGAGAAGCCAAAGGACGAGAUGGUAUUAGAAAGCAAGAAGUCAGAGACUGAGUCAAUCUCUGAGAAUAUAGAUGAUAUCUACUCGAAGAUCACUGAUUUCACUUAUAGAGACCGCCUCAAUGGCUUACCGGAUUCCAGGUUGAACAACCCCAUUUUCACGGUAACUUUGGGGAACAUACUCUAUCAAGGAGAAUCGUCUUCUGAGUUGGUGCCAAAGAGUCCUUCGAAAGACCUCUUGAGUGAAAACAUGGACUUCAAGUUCAACUCCAAUGUACCGUUGGUCAAUGAUGCUGUAUUGUCGUUGCCAUUAUACGAGUACCCCGAACUUUCCAUCAAGGAAGUGAACCAUUUCUUGAACAAAGACCCGCACUCGUACGUGAUCCAAUUGAAGUUCUUGCCGUCUCCGUAUAUCGAGGCCAAAGAGCAAGGCGAAAUCCAUAACCAAAUGAAAUACCCUCCGGUAGAAAUCUGGGUUGAUCUCAACGACAGGUCCAAGCCUGAUAUUGACACCAUGAACAUUGUCACUGUCGAAGGAGAAAACAAUUGCUACGUCUCCUUGCCAAACAGCAAGUCUGAUAUGAAGAUCACCUGUCAAUUAUCUGGCAACUUGUUGGAAGAAUCGGUGGAAGAAGAAAACCAGCAUGUCGAGACCAGCUUGAGUGAUAUCCUCAACUCCACUCCCUCGCGUUACUCGAGAUUCAAGUCGCAGCCAGGUAUCAAUACCUUCCUUCAUAAUGCUAAGCUUGACUUCAGUGGUAAGGUUCCAACGUCAAUUCCAUCCCACAUCGACUUCAACAUCAAUGGCGAGGUGGUGAGAUACCAUUACAUUAAUGUGACCUACCGAAGACAAAUGAAUUUCUCCUGGAACGACCGGUUGGUUCAAUUCAACAUUGUUGAAGGAGGAUCGUUGGGAGGAAGGAAGUUGGAGGUCAACUUUGUGGGAGACUUGGAGAGCAUCGAAAAGGACGAGCUCGAAGCAUUGGUCAAGGAUGUCAAGGGAUUCAUUGCGGAACUCAAGUGA